AUGGCAACUAAUGAUGCCAGUGGCCAGCAUUCGAUUACUGGAGUAUCGUUUUUGAUGCUCACCCAGGUAUUUACCAAGUUGUCGACGUUUUUAUUGAAUCAGUUGUUGAUUAGACUCAUAUCCCCCCAGGUAUUUGGUGUUGCUACGUAUUUGGAGUUCUUGUUGUCUACAGUGUUGUUUUUCAGUCGGGAAGGGGAAAGGUUGUCAAUUCAGAGGACUGAGAAUGUCAUUGAUGAAAAGAAGAGUGUUUUACAAAGUAUUAUCAAUUUUGGGUACCUUCCUUUGAUGAUUGGUAUUCCAAUUACGGGCUUGGUGUUCUAUUUACAAAAUAAAACCGAAACUUUCCAAGUAGCUCUUUAUUCGUUGGAUUUCAGUGCUUAUAUAUUAACGUGCAUUGUGUUACUGAUUUUGUUGGAAUUGGUGUUGGAACCAAUUUAUGCCAUUAACCAAUUCAAUUUGAAUUUCAAAAGAAGAUCAAAGUUCGAGAGCACGGCAGUGACCCUUAGAUGUCUUGUUACAUUUUCUGUUGUAUUCUUUGGGAAGAAAUACUCAACAUUAAAAGCAUUUGAAGGAUUGGCUGUUUUGGCAUUUGCAUUGGGUCAAUUUGCUUAUUCUUUGGCUCUUUUCGUUUUAUACCAAAGCUCCUUCUUUCAAGAUAAUGAACAGAACAAUUCUCUUUUCAUUAGUAGAAUUCACUCUACUGAAGGAGAAUAUUAUUAUUUGGAUAAACAAGUUUUCAAGAUAUGGCUAAAUAUAUUCAUUCAAAUGAUAUUUAAACAUUUUCUUACAGAAGGCGAUAAGCUCGUGAUUAACUAUCUAUGUACAAUUACAGAACAAGGAGUUUAUUCUGUUAUGACAAAUUACGGAUCUAUCAUUGCCCGUUUAUUAUUACAACCAAUUGAAGAAUCAUUAAGGCUUUUGUUUACGAAGCUUUUCAUAAACAAGUCAAAUGAUAGCAUCAAAAAGUCACACGAGAUAAUGACCUAUCUUUCCAUUUUUUACCUUAAUUUUUCGGUAUUAAUUUGUUUGGGUGGUUUUACAAAUGCAUCAUAUUUACUUCGAUUUUUAAUUGGUGGUCGUCUUUCAAAUUGGAAUGACUCCAAUAUUUUUGAAAUAUUCCCCCAGUACAUUCUUUAUAUUCCUUUCAUGGCCUUCAAUGGUAUUCUAGAAGCAUUUUUCAGCAGCUGUGCUAACGAGCAUGACAUCAAUAAAUUUUCAUUCUUCAUGUCAAUUCUGGCUCUCACCGUUUUUGCAGCUCUGUAUUUUUUCAUCAGCUAUCUUGAAAUGGGAAUUAGUGGCUUGAUUUUGGCUAACAUCAUUAAUAUGGCCUUAAGAAUCUUAUACUGUUUGACCUUCAUUAAGAAGUUUUAUCUUGAAAAUAGUAUAAAAAUAAGUUCUGUGAGUGUCUUGCAUAAGCUACUUAGUUGUGUUAUACUCGGAUUAUCAGCACAGUCGAUUCAAUGGAUAGUAUUAGGGAAAAAAUGGUAUUCUGAAACUUCCAUCGACCUUAUCAAAAGUGCAAUAGUAUGCUUCUUGUGUCUCGUUGUCAUGUUGGUGCAAGAAAGAGCAUUACUCAAAGAACCUUUGGCAAUGGUCAAAGGUAAAUUCAAAAAAGACUAA